CAUUGUGAUCAUGUGACUUACACAAAAUGGUGGAUAUAUGCCACGAACUUUGAUUCUAAUGAACUUGUGUAGGAAACUUGGUUUUUUCAGAGUGAUCAAGAGGAUGUCAUCAACAACUGUCCACACCACAGCCAAUACGGGGUUUGUCGACGGAUUCAGCAAUUCAGCUCAGUCGAUAUAUUGCCAAAUUUACAAUGUAAAGACAAGGGGAGUGUAAUACAGGCACAAUAUGCCUUUUAUUCUAUGUCACCAGGGGCAGAAUUAUAACCAAGGUCGACCAUCAUACACAGAGAAGGCAGUGAGUUACAUAGCAGACCUUGUAACUACAGGAAACGUGUCUUAUGAUGUUUUGGAACUUGGAGCGGGAACAGGAAAAUUUACACAGAAAAUCAUCUCUAAUUUACCACAGGAUGUUAAAUACCUAGCAACAGAACCCAUGGACGGUUUCCUGGACACACUUAAAGAGCUAUGUCCAUCUGUAAGCACCAAGCUGUGUACUGCAAGUGACAUUCCCUUACCUGAAAACUCUGUUGGUACAGUGGUGGCUGCCCAGUGUUUCCAUUGGUUUGCCAGUGAAGAGAGUCUUGCAGAAAUUCGCCGUGUGCUUGUGCCAGGAGGCAGGUUUGUGAUGGUUUGGAACAACAAGGACUGGAAUGUGCCUUGGGUGAAGGACAUUGAGACCAUUUUGUCUGAAUUCUAUGGUGAUACACCAAGAGCUGUCAACAGAACAUGGAAAACUGUGAUAGAGAAGUUUACAGGCUUUCUGUGUAAAGAACACAUACUUCAGGAGGGAAUAGACUUCCAGGGAGACAGGGAUUUCAUUGUGAAUCAUUUCUGUACUAUAAGUGUCAUAGCCUCGUUAGCAGAAGAGGAAAAAGAGAAAGUACAGCAGAGAAUGUAUCAAGUUUUAGACAGCCAUGAAGAAACAACAGGGAAAGACAUCAUUAAAAUUCCAUUCCAAACAGAAAUAUAUCACUCGGUUAAAGUUUAACCAUCAUAUCCAGCUGAAAAUUAAACAUGUAAAUGUCGCAUACAGAGAAUAGCACAAAACAGGAAGAUAAAUAAACUGGUUGCCCUCUUGAUAGAGAUAAUUAGGACUGUUGACUAUAAAACAUGGGGUUGCCCUCCUGAUAGAGAUAAUUAGGGCUGUUGACAAUAAAACAUGUGGUUGCCCUCUUGAUAGAGAUAAUUAGGACUGCUAACUAUAAAACAUAUGGUUGCCCUCCUGGUAGAGAUAAUUAGGGCUGUUGACUAUAAAACAUUUGGUUGCCCUCCUGGUAGAGAUAAUUAGGGUUGUUGACUAUAAAACAAGGGGUUGCCCUCCUGGUAGAGAUAAUUAGGGCUGUUAACUAUAAACCAUGUGGUUGUCCUCCUGGUAGAGAUAAUUAAGGGUGUAGAAUAUAAAACAUGUGGUUGCCCUCCUGGUAGAGAUAAUUAGGACUGUUAACUAUAAAUGGUGGUGGUUGCCCUCCUGGUAGAGAUAAUUUAGGGCUGUUGACAAUAAAACAUGUGGUUGCCCUCCUGGUAGAGAUAAUUAGGGCCGUUAACUAUAAAACAUAUGGUUGCCCUCCUGGUAGAGAUAAUUAGGGCUGUUGACUAUAAAACAUGUGGUUGCCCUCCUGGUAGAGAUAAUUAGGGUUGUUGACUAUAAAACAUGGGGUUGCCCUCCUGGUAGAGAUAAUUAGGGUUGUUGACUAUAAAACAAGGGGUUGCCCUCCUGGUAGAGAUAAUUAGGGCUGUUAACUAUAAAACAAGGGGUUGUCCUCCUGGUAGAGAUAAUUAAGGGUGUAGAAUAUAAAACAUGGGGUUGCCCUCCUGGUAGAGAUAAUUAGGGCUGUUAACUAUAAAUGGUGGUGGUUGCCCUCCUGGUAGAGAUAAUUAGGGCUUUUGACUAUAAAACAUGUGGUUGCCCUCCUGAUAGAGAUAAUUAGGGCUGUUAACUAUAAAACAUAUGGUUGCCCUCCUGGUAGAGAUAAUUAGGUCUGUUAACUAUAAAACAUGGGGUUGCCCUCCUGGUAGAGAUAAUUAGGGCUGUUGACUAUAAAACAUAUGGUUGCCCUCCUGGUAGAGAUAAUUAGGGCUGUUGACUAUAAAUGGUGGUGGAUUCCCUUCUCAUAAAAAUAAUUGGGGCUUUUGGCUAUAAAAUGUGGCAUUUGCCCUCCUGAUAGAGAUAAUUAGGGCUGUUGACUUUAAUAUGUUAGUUGCCCUCCUCAUAGAGAUAAUUAGGGCUGUUGGUUGCCUUCCUGAUAGAGAUAAUUGAGGCUGUUGGCUAUAAACAUUGUUGAUAUAUGUUAUGGCAAAUACAAAAAUUCCUAACUGUUUUGUUGAUUUCAGACAUAUACCACGUAUUAGACAAUCAUUUGCUGACCUUUUAUGACCCAAACCGUUGUCUGGGUAAUGUUACAGUGUCAUUCCUUUUAUCAGUUGUGAGAGGAGAUCAUAAAUUUAAAGCAAUUUCCUGGUCAGUUUUACAAGGCAGUACCUUGUCUUUUAACAUAUGAUUUUAUUUUUAUUGUUAUUUGCGAUUUGUUGACAACAUCUGAAUGGAAUAAAUGAUGAUGUUUUGAAGUAUUUUUCAUAACUAUUUCAAUCAUAGAUCAUUGAUGUAAAUUGGGAUAUCCUUUUCCAUAUUAUAAUUCAAAAUGGAAGCUAUUGUAUCCUGGGAUCCUGUGAUAAGAACUACCAAUUGUUGGUCUAUUGACAGUAUACCAUUUAUUGGUCUGUACACAGUAUACCAUUUAUUGGCCUGUACACAGUAUACCAUUUAUUGGCCUGUAUACAGUAAACCAUUUAUUGGCCUGUACACAGUAUACCAUUUGUUGGCCUAUACACAGUAUAUCAUUUGUUGGCCUGUACACAGUAUACCAACUGUUGACCUAUACACAGUAUACCAUCUGUUGGCCUAUACACAGUAUACCAUUUGUUGACCUAUACACAGUAUAUCAUUUGUUGGCCUAUACACAGUAUACCAUUUGUUGGCCUAUACACAGUAUACUAUUUGUUGGCCUGUACACAGUAUACCAUUUAUUGGCCUAUACACAGUAUACCAUUUAUUGGCCUAUACACAGUAUACCAUUUGUUGGCCUAUACACUGUAUACCAUUUGUUGACCUAUACACAGUAUACCAUUUGUUGGCCUAUACACAGUAUAUCAUUUGUUGGCCUAUACACAGUAUACCAUUUGUUGACCUAUACGCAGUAUACCAUUUGUUGACCUAUACACAGUAUACCAUUUGUUGGCCUAUACACAGUAUACCAACUGUUGGCCUUUACACAGUAUACCAUUUGUUGACCUGUACACAGUAUACCAUUUGUUGGCCUAUACACAGUAUACAUUUGUUGGCCUGUACACAGUAUACCAUUUGUUAACCUAUACACAGUAUACCAUUUGUUGGUCUAUUGACACAUUUGUUGGCCUGUACACAGUAUACCAUUUGUUGACCUAUACACAGUAUACCAUUUGUUGACCUGUACACAGUAUACCAUUUAUUGGCCUGUACACAGUAUAAUAUUUGUUGGCCGGUACACAGUAUACCAUUUGUUGGCCUAUACGCAGUACAUCAUUUGUUGGCCUAUACACAGUAUACCAUUUGUUGGCCUAUACACAGUAUACCAUUUGUUGGCCUAUACACAGUACAUCAUUUGUUGGCCUAUACACAGUAUACCAUUUAUUGGCCUAUACACAGUAUAUCAUUUGUUGGCCUAUACACUGGAUACCAUUUGUUGACCUAUACACAGUAUACCAUUUAUUGACCUAUACACUGUAUACCAUUUGUUGGCCUAUACACAGUAUACCAUUUGUUGGCCUAUACACAGUAUACCAUUUGUUGGCCUAUACACAGUAUACCAUUUGUUGGCCUAUACACUGUAUACCAUGUGUUGGCCUAUACACAGUAUACCAUUUGUUGGCCUAUACACUGUAUACCAUGUGUUGACCUAUACACAGUAUACCAUUUGUUGGCCUAUACACAGUAUACCAUUUAUUGGCCUAUACACAGUAUAUCAUUUGUUGGCCUAUACACUGGAUACCAUUUGUUGACCUAUACACAGUAUACCAUUUAUUGACCUAUACACUGUAUACCAUUUGUUGGCCUAUACACGGUAUACCAUUUGUUGGCCUAUACACAGUAUACCAUUUAUUGGCCUAUACACUGUAUACCAUUUGUUGGCCUAUACACUGUAUACCAUGUGUUGGCCUGUACACAGUAUACCAACUGUUGGCCUAUACACAGUAUACCAUUUAAUUUAAAACUAUAACAUAAACUUUUGAUAUGUUAAUGUAUUUUUUGUCCUGCAUGACCUUAAAUCAAUGUUGUAGUAAGUAUGCAAUAAAUGUAUUUUGAUUUAUUUUG